AUGCAAAAAUUAUUGAAACUAAUCCAGCUAUGCUGUGCAAGCCACGAAAAAGAAGAUGAAGACUCAUCUCAGCCAAGACAUUUAAACCAAGCAUCAUUAGAUCUUACUAGUAAUCCUGCUGAAAAAAGUGAUUUACCAGUUAUUGAAAAACAGGAAUCUGAUGACCCAACUUUAACACCUAUAAACAAUUAGCUAUUUUUCUAUCAUUUUUAAGCUAAAUUUUGCACUCUGAGUCUCAAAUUUAUAUAUUGUCAACACAAAAAAUAAUUUGUCUCCCAAAAAAAAUUUAAAAAAUGUAUAUAUAAGCAUAUAACCCCUGAGUCAUCAAACGUUAAGAAAAAAAAGCGUAAAAAAGCAUCAAAACAAAAAAAGGCAGGCCACGAAAAUAGCGGUGGCGCCACACCAAUUGCAAAAGCAUCAGAAGAAUCCAAAGUAACAAUGCCAGUUGAAAAGAAACCUUUAAAAGGAAUUUUGAAAAAACCAAAAAUAUAG